ACCGCGUGUGGUGGGGGGGGGGGGGGGGGGGAGAAACCCUACAUCUGAGAUCUGAUCUCUUGAAGGAAGUCCUUCCUGUCUGAAGAGUCCUGAUGUUUUCCUUGCCAGCCCAGAAGAUGCCCGAGAGGUAGAUAGCUGAGCGAUGCUUUGUUAUAAGGCAGGGUAUGCAAUCUGCGGGGCUUCCUGCAAAUAGAAAGGUCAUGCAGCUCAGCGUGGGUGAGCCAUUCCAGUCUCUCAGUCAUCAGAGAAAUGAUGAAGAGGCCAUCGUGGACAGGGGUGGAACGCGGACAAUUCUAAAAACCCAUUUUGAAAAAGAAGACUUGGAAGGUCACAGGACUUUGUUCAUUGGUGUUCACGUCCCACUGGGAGGAAGGAAAAGUCAUCGACGUCAUAGACACCGUGGACACAAACACCGGAAGAGAGACAGAGAACGAGAUUCUGGGUUAGAAGAUGGGAGAGAGUCUCCUUCAUUUGAUACUCCUUCACAGAGGGUACAGUUUAUUCUUGGAACAGAGGAUGAUGACGAGGAGCACAUCCCUCACGACCUGUUCACAGAGCUUGAUGAAAUUUGUUGCCGUGAAGGAGAAGAUGCUGAGUGGAGGGAGAUGGCCAGGUGGCUGAAGUUUGAAGAAGAUGUUGAAGAUGGAGGGGAGAGGUGGAGUAAACCGUACGUUGCCACUCUGUCGCUACAUAGUUUGUUUGAACUGAGAAGUUGUAUCCUCAAUGGCACUGUGUUGUUAGACAUGAGAGCAAAUUCUUUAGAAGAAAUAGCAGACAUGAUCCUCGAUCAACAAGUAGGCUCAGGGCAGCUCAGUGAAGAUGUUCGGCACAGAGUACACGAAGCGUUGCUCAAGCAGCACCAUCAUCAGAAUCAGAAGAAGCUAAGCAAUAGGAUCCCCAUAGUGAGGUCCUUUGCUGACAUUGGCAAGAAACAGUCUGAACCUCAUUCCAUGGACAAAAAUGCAGGCCAGAUUGUUUCCCCCCAGUCUGCACCAGCUAGCCUUGAAAUCAAGAACGACGUAAGCAGAGAAAACAGCACAGUUGACUUCAGCAAGGGACUAGGAGACCCGCAGAAAGGGCAUAACAGUAGUCUAUUUGGGAUGAAACAAAGACAUGAAAAAGGACAUCUGCACCAGGAAGAGAGAGAGAGAGAGGUGGACCUCCAUUUCAUGAAAAAGAUCCCUCCUGGAGCUGAAGCCUCAAACAUUUUGGUUGGGGAGCUGGAAUUCUUGGACCGGGCUGUCGUUGCUUUUGUGAGACUGGCCCCUGCGGUGAUUCUUUCUGGACUGGCAGAGGUUCCAAUCCCAACUAGAUUUUUAUUUGUUCUCCUUGGACCACUAGGAAAAGGCCAGCAGUACCAUGAGAUCGGCAGGUCAAUUGGAACACUGAUGACAGAUGAGGUGUUUCAUGAUGUUGCAUAUAAAGCUAAAGACCGCAAUGACUUGGUUGCUGGGAUUGACGAAUUUCUUGAUCAGGUGACUGUUCUCCCUCCUGGAGAAUGGGACCCAACGAUUCGUAUAGAGCCUCCCAAAAAUGUUCCGUCUCAGGAGAAACGUAAGAUUCCAGGUGUGCCAAAUGGAACUGCAGCUCAUGGAGAUCCAGAACCACUUGGAGGGCACUCCGGCCCGGAAUUACAGCGUACUGGAAGGCUUUUUGGAGGGCUGGUUUUAGAUAUCAAGAGGAAAGCUCCGUUCUACUUGAGUGACUACACAGAUGCAUUCAGCUUGCAGUGUCUGGCAUCAUUUCUGUUCCUUUAUUGUGCUUGUAUGUCUCCUGUUAUCACAUUUGGCGGUCUGCUGGGAGAAGCGACUGAAGGUCGUAUAAGUGCAAUAGAAUCUUUGUUUGGUGCAUCGAUGACUGGUAUAGCCUAUUCACUUUUCGGUGGGCAACCUCUUACCAUACUAGGUAGCACAGGGCCAGUUUUGGUGUUUGAAAAGAUAUUAUUCAAAUUUUGCAAAGAAUAUGGAUUGUGUUAUCUUUCCUUGCGAGCGAGCAUUGGCUUAUGGACGGCCACACUCUGCAUUAUUCUUGUGGCGACCGAUGCAAGUUCCUUAGUGUGCUACAUCACUCGGUUCACAGAAGAAGCUUUUGCUGCUCUCAUCUGCAUCAUUUUCAUUUACGAGGCCUUAGAGAAGCUCUUUCAUCUCAGCGAGACAUAUCCGUUCGACAUGCAUAACAGUUUGGAGCUACUGACACAAUACUCGUGUAAUUGUGUGGAGCCUGAAAACCCCAGCAAUAAAACUUUGCAGUACUGGCAAUCUCAGAAUAUCUCCUCCUCUGAUGUACCUUGGGGGAACCUAACUUUGUCACAAUGUAGGUGGUAUCAAGGGAAAUUUAUAGGACGAGCCUGUGGACAUGAUGGUCCUUACGUCCCAGAUGUUCUCUUCUGGUCAGUCAUCUUAUUCUUUUCUACAGUUACAAUGUCAUCCACAUUGAAGCAGUUCAAGACCAGUCGCUAUUUCCCAACAAAGGUACGGUCUGUCGUGAGUGACUUCGCUGUUUUUCUCACCAUCCUGUCCAUGGUUUUAGUGGACUAUGCCCUCGGGAUUCCAUCACCAAAGCUUCAGGUUCCCAACGCUUUCAAGCCCACCAGAGAUGAUCGUGGCUGGUUUGUCACACCAUUGGGACCCAAUCCUUGGUGGACUGUGCUAGCUGCUGGAAUCCCAGCCCUGCUUUGUACAAUUCUGAUAUUCAUGGACCAGCAGAUUACAGCUGUUAUAAUAAACAGAAAAGAACACAAGUUAAAGAAAGGCUGUGGCUACCACCUCGACUUGCUAAUGGUAGCUCUCAUGCUUGGCGUCUGCUCAAUUAUGGGACUGCCCUGGUUCGUUGCUGCCACGGUCCUCUCCAUUUCUCAUGUGAACAGCUUAAAGCUGGAGUCAGAAUGCUCUGCUCCAGGAGAGCAGCCCAAAUUUCUUGGCAUCCGGGAGCAAAGGGUGACGGGACUCAUGAUCUUUGUACUUAUGGGCUCAUCUGUUUUUUUGACCAGUGUUCUUAAGUUUAUUCCCAUGCCAGUGCUUUAUGGUGUAUUCCUUUAUAUGGGUGCCUCUUCUCUCAAAGGAAUUCAGCUCUUUGACAGAAUCAAGUUAUUCUGGAUGCCCGCCAAACACCAGCCAGAUUUCAUCUAUCUGAGGCAUGUUCCUCUUCGGAAAGUCCAUCUCUUCACCGUAAUUCAGCUGAGCUGCCUUGUGUUGCUGUGGAUUAUCAAGGUCUCAAGAGCUGCCAUAGUGUUUCCUAUGAUGGUUUUAGCAUUGGUGUUUGUGAGAAAACUCAUGGACUUAUUUUUUACCAAACGAGAACUAAGCUGGUUGGAUGACUUGAUGCCAGAAAGCAAGAAAAAGAAGCUUGAAGAUGCUGAAAAAGAGGAGGAGCAAAGUAUGCUGGCAAUGGAGGAGGAAGGGACUGUCCAUUUACCACUAGAAGGAAACUACAGAGAUGACCCAUCCGUAAUCAAUAUUUCUGAUGAAAUGGCAAAAACAGCUGUGUGGAAGACACUACUGAUAGGAUCAGAAAAUAACAAGGAUAAGGAGUCCAGCUUUCCUUCUAAAAGCUCCCCUUCCUAAUCUCUCUAGAAGCUGAUUCCCCAAAGCACUGAAGGCCAACGAGAGAAGAAAGCUGACUCAGGGAAAGGCGUGGACCGCGAAACUUGCCUAUGACUUGUUGUCCAAUUUCUUUUUACGACGUGAGGAGUGCCACAACCCGUCAGGCGACCCAUUUCAUCCUCCAAGCUGUCUUUCAUCCCAGAGUAUAAGCACUGGUCAUGUAAGUAGCACCAUCUGUGUUUGAGCUCAUUGGCUCUGCAUUGACUCUGGUCUGUAACCCAUUGCACAAAUCAACGCUAUCCAAGGAAGAAUCUUGCAGUUUCCUUCCUGGGUCCUCCAGCCUUCGGAACCCCCUCCAUCCAGCUGAGAAGAGAACAGAUUUUUCUUUUUCAUCGAAUUUAUGUCUUAGUAGGUUUGGACGGUACUUUCCUACUUUGCCUGUGUAAUUUAUUUUCAUGGCUUCUCCAUUUCGGGGGGGGGGGACCUUGGGGGAAAAGCCCCUCCUUUUUAAUAGGUUAGCUUUCAGCUUGUCAUUUUGGAAGACCUAAGGUAACAGAGACACUUGUAGUUUUAGAGCUGUGUUGAAAUGAAGAGCGGCUCAAUCCUACAAACGCUUCACAACAAGAAUGAGUCCCCCUCCCCCGGUUUAAAAUCAUGGCUUUUAUGUAUGUAUGUGUGUGUGUGUGUGUGCGCGCGUGCAUGUGUGCGUGUGUGUGCGAUUUACAGAAUCAGACCCUAUAUUUGUGCUAUUUUCCUUGAUUUAAUACUGGAUAUUUAAUAUUUAAAUUUAUAUGUAAUGGAGAAUUAAAGUAAUAUAAUAUAUAAAGUUAUAUAGGAUAUAGUUAACCAUCUCUCAUCUUGUUUGGGGAAAAAAAGUCACAUCUGAGGAUGUGACACAUCCAUGCAGUAUUUGUUGUGAAUGCCAGCAGUCAUUACAGUAUCUUUUACUGUACUAUACUAAAUGUUGUAGUGGUGAUUCCAACAGCUGCACUGUAGUGGUAAAUAAUCCAAUUUCCUCCUCCCCCACAUUUCUGGAUUAUAACCCUUCACAGAAAUGUGUGGUAUGAGCCCCCUUUUCUCUGUCACCAAGGGUGACCAAUUGGAAGGGGAGUUUUUGAAACCUUGGAAUACUGCCCUUGAAAUUCCUACAUGAUGUCGUUUGCUUGUCUAGCUAUAGACAAGUGAUGAUUCGAUCCAGAUUUUAAAUCCUAUGUAUAUUUUUGCUAGAGAGCUUGUUUUGUUAUUUUGCCAAAGGCAUGCUAGCUUUUUAAAAAAAUUGCAUUUGCAAUUUGGCACUCAAUUAAGGGAACGAUCCAGCCAGCAUUAAAGCCUCAUCUUGGGGUCAAUAAGCCAGAUUUUUUUGUAUAUUUGUAAGUGUGUCAGCAAUAUUAGGUGAGGUUAGGAGAAAUAAUGCUUGGACCCUGAAUGGGACCAAAUUGUGCUUAGCUUUGGCUGGAUUGUGCCCUUAAUUUAUUCCACACUCCAAAUUAGAAUGGAAAUCAUGAUCCUGUUAACUGAAUGGGAGUUAUAACACUGAUGUUAGGGGGGGUCAUAAAGACCCUGUUCUGCAAACAAAACGAAACACACAAGCAAAAAAAAAAUCCCAAACUUGAUUGUGUGUUUCAGUUUGGCCUUUGUUAAUGAGAGUAGUUGAACUUGAAUGCCCUUAUCAAAGGAAAACAUUUACACAACACAAAGGCCCCUUGUGCACAUAACAAUGCACUGUCAGUUCACUUUCACAAUUGUUUGCAAGUGGGUUUUGCUAUUUUGCACAGUAAAAUCCAGCUGCAAAGUGCAUUGGAAGUGGAUUGAUAGUGCAUUGUUCUGCAUGCAUGUGCGGAAAGAGCCAAACUGUUUUUGUAUAUGCCAUAUAGAUUUUUAUGAAGGUCUUCAUACUUAAUUAUUUAAUUCAUUUUUUAACUAAUGAAAAAGCAAGAUUGCAAACCUGGGCAGGAUCCAUCGUGUCCCAGACAUGCAGCUGCAUGACUUCCCAUAGAAUCCAAGUAGCUCUUUUCCCUCCUUCCAUUCCCAACCACUUUCAGCCAGGGCCAUUAAACCAUCUCCUUCAACAGGAAGACAAAGUGUACCCCCUAUGAAGAUCUAGCCAUCAUUCUCUUCCUUAUGGACUCCUGCACAGGUUACACUUUCUCAAAGCAUGAGCAAUGUUUGUGGAUAGCUCUCAAAGUGGAAUUAAGAUGGCUAAAUCAUCAUCGAGAGGGUACACAUGGCUGGGGAAGGGGAGGGGGGGAAAAGACUCAAUGGAUUGGUCCUCUGUGAUUGAAACAGAAGUGGGAUAAAUAUCAAACAUUUUACAACUGUUUGUUCGUAUGUGUUCCUUUUUU